UGUACGAAAGUUCUCAGCUCCAGGCAAAUGUUCAGUGGCUAAUUGAGAUUGAUGCAACGCUGAGGUCUGCAAGUGAGCUGCGAAAAGUAAAUACGAGGUCGCUGAGGAAUACCUUCUACUUGUGACCUAUUUUUUGUGUUACCUGUUUUCUCAGUGAAAAGGAGAUGGAUUUGUCGCGAUUGUUUUGGACGUGCCAUUGUCUUGUGGAUUCUGCAUCUGACAGAGCAUCAUGAAAAAGAGGUUCUACGAAGUUAUCGCCACCACUCAGAAAGAAAGUCGUUAAUGGAUUUAAGGAUCAACUUUUGGGAACCAUGAGCACAGGUCUGAAGAAGCCACCGGUGGCACCUAAACCCAAACUUAAUCAGACUCAGAAGCCAACUCCUCCCCCAGUAGCCCCCAAACCAGAUAUUGUUUUCUCACACCCGUCUCCAGCAGCAGUGAAAAAGGCCAAACCAACUGUUGCCCCAAAGCCUUGUAUUCCCAAAUGUGCAACUGUUGCUGAGUCCACACCUGUUACUUUUACCUGUUCAGAGGAGCGAAACGGCAGUUCUGAAAACCUGGGCCUGCUCAAUUCUAAGAAUGGAAUGCACGUGGAGCUCAGCAAACCAGGGUCAGACUACAUUAUACCAACUUGUGCCUGCAGCCAAGAUAGUUGUUCAGACUGUCAACACAUGGGGAUCUGUGAAACAACUGAAAUCAUGUUUGAGCCACUGGUGGAACAUCUGGAAACAUGGCAGACUGGUGAAACGGAAACAUCCGGAUCACACAUCUCGCCGGUUCCCGGAAUACAGUCCGAAAUGGAGAACGGGCACGAUGAAAUGGGGAUUAACAGAAGUCAAGUUGUCAACGCCAGCUUUCUGGAGCAGAAACUAAAUGAUGUUUGGGUCCAGGCAAUUUCCACUGAUUACUACCAAAGUCACCAACCUCUGGAAGAACCCCUAGUUGAGAAUGAUGAAGCUGAUACACUGGAUCUGAACCUAAACCCAGUUGGAGAUACAGAGAGCUUUGUUAGGAAGCAGUCAUGCUCUGAAAGAUCAGGCGAUGACGCUAACGGUAAUCACUCCAUUCCCAUUUUGAGCCAAUGGCAGGAAGUACCUGGGCCCACUGUGAGCUCUGCCAGUUCCACAGACAGUGACAUAGCAGUCAGGGAAUCUGGGGAGUGGUAUCAUGGGUCCCCAGUCCCUGCUGCCCCAAGGAAGCCCCUCCCAAUUCCCACUCCACGUAAAUCCAAGAAACUAGUCCUAGUGAGGCAGGAUGGUACAGAUAUGACCACACUGGAGGAAACCUCCAAAAUAGCUGAGGAAAAGGAAUUGCUGGUUUCAAACAGUCUGUAUCAGUCCUCAAAGGUUUUGGUUCACACACAGAGUGUAUUGGAUUCCAAAAACCCAUCCACCAACCAGGAAGUGCUCCCACCCUGCCAGGGUGCUGAUACUGUUGAGGAACCGAGUCCACCUGUUCCCCCUCCACGGCAGCUCUCCCUUCUGCUCGAACGUUACCACAUACCUGCCUCGUCUACUGAAGAACUGCCACUGGAGGUAGAAGACGACGAGCUCAGGUUGGGUGGUUGUGUUACUCUGGAGGAGGAUGGAGGAGGGUACUGUGACUUUGCCAGAUUCCCCCUCACUAGGGUUCUACCAAAACCCAUCAAGCACGGUUGCAGCCUGCUCUCGAUGGAAGCCAGGGCAGCUUCGACAGAGGAGAGGUCACCGAAGGUGGCCCCAAAGAAGCCACAGAGGCACAGUUUGCCUGCGUCGGGUAUGUUGAGGAAGGAGCUGUCUGAGGAGGUUUCGGAGAGAGCGGAGAGCAGUGGGGGAGACCCUCAUUCGCCUCCACAGGAGGACCGUUCUCCCGUAGACGAGCUUGGUGACUCCCUCAAUGAGAGCGAGGAGGUGACGAGUGAACCUGCGGUACCCCUGGUGGAAAAACCGUCACGGAGGUUGCCUCGGACUUUCGUGGCUUUUUGUGGAAAACAAGCUUCCAGAAAUGGCCGCAACGGCGACACGCACAGCAAGCCGCCCAGAUCAGGUCAUGAAACAAAGAGGGCGAAAUCCUUCUCCUCGGCAGACCUAGAGCAGGCCAGCGGCCAUAAAAGAAGGUCUUUCCGGAAGCUUCUGGAACUGAAGCUCUCCAUGAAAAUGUUACCUAAGCUGCUGGCCAAGGGCACCCAGUCUCUGGACUGCACCGCCGUGGAAAUGGAGAAGUCUACAGACAGCGAAUGGACUGAAGAAGACUUGGAAAGCAGUGCUAUCACUAACCAACAGGGUCCCUUGCCAAAUGGCCAAAACAAAUCUCCCAGUAGUACUUUGUCGGAUGAUCACAAACCGUUGUGUCCACAGGUCAGCUUGGAUCCGAGUGUGGAUGACCAAGAAUUUGGUAUUGGGGUUGAGACCGCUGUGGAAUAUGAGAACAUUCCAUUCUAUGAAGAAAUCCCUGAGUAUAUGAACCUGCCCUUCCUCAAUGCCACAGGGGCACUGACACACCGGCCGGCCUAUCUGAGCUGGCAGAACUCCUCCAGCAUGGAAGAUGGCGAUGAGGAUGUCUACGAGGAACAGGAGCCAUACAUGUCUCGUGAAAACUACGUCUCAAACGAGCAGCAUUGCAAGGGCCACAAGAGGGUGUGUGUGGAGCGGAGCGACUGCUCGUGUGUUCGGCUCUCCGGGGAGGAAGAGGAAGUGGGGGACAGCUCUGACGAGGAUGAUGAUGAUGACAGCUUCGCCUCCAGUAAAGGGGAACUGGAGCUCUCCGCAGACAGACAGCAUGAAGUCGGACUAAAGAGGACCAAGGUGGUUCACAUCGCUAAGGAGAUCAUGAGCUCGGAGAAAGUAUUUGUGGAUGUUUUGAAGCUUCUGCAUAUCGAUUUCCGGGAUGCGGUGGCGAAGGCGUCUCGGCUGAGCGGGAAGCCUGUGAUCGAGGAGCGGGUUCUGACCCAGAUCCUGUACUACCUGCCCCAGCUGUACGAGCUGAACCGCGACCUGCUGAGGGAGCUGGAGGAGAGGGUGGCCCGCUGGAGCGACCAUCAACGCCUGGCGGACAUCUUUGUGAAGAAGGGCCCGUACCUGAAGAUGUACUCCACCUACAUCCGCGAGUUUGACAGGAACGUGGCCCUGCUGGACGAGCAGUGCCGCAAGAACUCUGCGUUUGCCGGAGUCGUGCGGGACUUCGAGACGAGUCCUCGCUGUGCCAGUCUGGCCCUGAAGCAUUACCUUCUGAAGCCUGUGCAGAGGAUCCCCCAGUACCAGCUGCUGCUCACAGAUUAUUUGAAGAACCUUGCUGAAGACUCCUCUGACUAUAAAGACACGCAAGCUGCUCUCAGUAUAGUGAAGGAAGUGGCCAACCAUGCCAACGACAUCAUGAAGCAAGGGGAUAACUUCCAGAAGCUCAUGCAGGUUCAGUACAGCCUGACUGGCCACCAUGAGAUCGUCCAGCCUGGGAGGGUGUUCCUGAAGGAGGGAACUCUGAUGAAACUGUCCCGGAAGGUCAUGCAGCCGAGGAUGUUCUUCCUGUUUAAUGACACCAUGCUGUACACCACCCCGGUCCAGUCUGGCCAGUAUAAACUCAACUGCAUGCUGUCGUUGGCUGGGAUGAAGGUGAGCAAACCCACGCAGGAGGCGUAUCAGAACGAGCUGAACAUCGAGAGCGUGGAGCGCUCCUUCAUCCUGUCUGCCAGCUCAGCCACAGAACGGGAUGAGUGGCUGGAAGCCAUCUCCAAAGCCAUGGAGGACUACACCAGGAAGAAGAUCACCUUCUUCUGCAGCAAGAGCCAGGAGGAGGCUGGGGGGGCCGGAGGCGACAGCGGAGCCCCUCUAGGGUCCAAGGCCCCUAUCUGGAUCCCGGAUCUGCGGGCCACCAUGUGUAUGAUCUGCACCUGCGAGUUCACGCUCACCUGGAGACGACAUCACUGCCGAGCAUGCGGGAAGGUGGUAUGCCAGUCCUGCUCCUCUCACAAACACUACCUGGAGUACCUGAAGAACCAGCUGGCGCGAGUGUGUGACCACUGCUUCCUCAAGCUGCAGAAGAAGAGUGACCGGCCAGCAUCCACCUCCCUCUCCCCCAGCACAAAACCCUCCACAGGGGCUUUCUCCUCUGUCCUCAUCCCCUCCAGAAAGCAGAAGAAGAUCCCUUCUGCUCUCAAAGAGGUGUCGGCAAACACAGAGAACUCGUCAAUGAGUGGUUACCUUCAAAGGUCAAAGGGCACCAAGAAGCAGUGGAAAAGGCUGUGGUUUGUCAUCAAGAACAAAGUCUUGUACACAUACGCUGCCAGUGAGGACGUGGCAGCCCUGGAGAGCCAGCCCUUACUGGGGUUUUUCCUGAGAGAGGAGCGAUCGGGCGAAGCUCAGAAGCUGCAGUUCAAACUCUACCACAAAAACACUCUCUUCCACAUCUUCAAGGCUGAGGAUUCCCAAUCAGCACAGAGAUGGAUCGAUGCUUUCCAGGAAGCCAUGAUCCUCUAAUCAUUCCAUUGUUUUAAUGGCAAAGACAAUCACCACCACAAAUGACAUUCAGCCAAUGGGGUGAACUUCCUGGUGCUGUGGGGGUGGCCAACUUGUAGUCCACGUCUUCAUGGUGAAGCACGUCAGUGUGGGGAACAGAUAGACACUUGAGGAUGUUUUCUUGUCUCUAUGAGUCAUGAUUUGUAAAAAAAUAAAAAAUAAAAAAUAAAACAUCUGCUGAAAGUCCAGGUUGUAUGGUGAACAGUCAUACGAACCAGUGAAACGCCACCAAUCAUAUACAGUGCAUUACUACAUAUUAAAGGAGCAGGUGGUCAGUUUGUAUUUUAUCACUGUGUAUCGAUUCAAUUCACAGCGGUCUCCACGUGAGAAAAUAAACAUAUUUACAUAUUUUUUGGGAAUCAAGGCAAUGGCCACUUGUCACAGGUGUGGGUCAAAGGUCAAGUCGGGAGCACGUUCGCGGAAGUGUUGUAGAAAUUAUGUUGGGUGCGUCAGCGAUUAAUUGAUUAUGGGAGAUUUGUUUGUGGUGGUUUUCUGUAUUGCACUGGGGGAGAUUAUUUUUCACUGUGAAUUUAUGAAUUCUCCAGAUGGAAAGAAGCUGACCAUUCUGUUCCAAUACUCCUCCAACAAAAAACUGAAAAGGUCAUUUUGAGUCAUUUUUUUUCUCUCUAAUUUGGAGGAAUUAUGGAGGAUGUAAAAAAAUGUAUAAUAUGUGUAGUUUGAAAACUGGAAAUUGUUUGAAAUGACUAAUGUAAUAUACUUACAUGUAAUAUAAAUAUAUAUAUUUAAGAAUGAUAGUUAAUGUCUUUAUGAGAUGGUGGUUGAAGCAUUAAUUGCUGUAUUCACAGUACCCACUGUAAAUCAGUAUUCUCACCAAACAUUGUGGUGCUAAUUUUUCUGGGCUUAGAAGUUUACCUGCACUUGAGUUGUAACUCCUUUAGACACUUCAUUGUGCAAAAUCACAUUGUUUUUUCCAGAAUCCAUUGCGAGGUGCUUGGAAACAUGUCCAGUCCAUUUCUCUAAUGCUAAUUAUGUACCACUAUUGAUUGGACCUGUAGCCUACCCGUGUUUGUGCAGUUACAAUACAAUUGUGAGACUGAUAACAGUGUGAAAUGUAUUAUUUGUAUUAUUAUUAUUAGUGUCUGCUGUUUUGCAUCAGUUGGAUAGUGAUAAGCCCACCUUACUGUAUAAAGAGCAAUACUCAAGUGUAAUGCUUUAUUAGUUUCGUAGAGCAUAGUAAAAAUAAGGACUGAAAUGAGGGGUCCGGGAAAUGUCCAAGAAAAGGCUUGUUGUGACAAAGCUGAAUUUGGGGAAACUAAAAUUGACUAAAUCCUCUGAAGUGUUACUUAAAUUCUGCAUGUGCAGUUCUGUUCGCUGAAAGUCACUACUCAAUAGCACUCCCAGUCCUGCAAUUAUGUGUGGGACAUGAGUUAAUUCAGAAACUGGUCAUUAUUCUCACAUCUGACUACUGAAGAUGUGCAAGUGAAUGAUUUAUUAUUGAACUGUGUUAAAUGUGUGAUGAAACUGGAAGACUCACUGUUAGAUAUAAAGCUGUGUUUCAGCUUCAUACGGAAAAGCCUCUUAACACAGCUGGGUGUAAUUAUCCAUGGUUUAUUUAUAAUGAAUUUUAUAAAGUUUACAUUUUUGUAUUGUACAUCUACUGGUCUGGUUACUAUAGAUUGCACUACUAUACUAUGAAAUGCUUAUUAAAGGACAUGGGAGUUGCAGGAUGAUAGAACGCCACCACUCUACUUUCAGUCCCACUUUUUCAUAACUGCAAAUGUGUUUCUACAGAACAAUUAUGUAAAGUACUGACUUUGAAUAAAAUGGGUAUUGCUAUGCAGUACCGCUGUAA